AGGGACGGCCGGGCCGGGCGCACCGCCCACAUAAGGCGGGGGCAGCGCACGCCGCUCCGUGCGGCCGUCGGUGUUGGGGGGGGGAAGUGGGGUGGCUGGUGCUCGGCUCGGAGGGUCCCGGGGACGCGGCAUGGAGCUGGGUUGGCUGCUGUGGGGCGCGGCGGUGCUGCUGCUGCUGCACGUCCUGAUGGAGCUGAGCCCCGCGGUGAACUUCGUGCUGCGCAUCGGUUUCUACUACGUGCUGUGCAUCGUCGUCUCCGGGCUCACCGCCCCCGUCUGCGUCCUCGUCAACGGCGGCCGCACCGUCAAGAAUAUGAGGAUCAUCAAAACCGUAGUCAAGACCUUCAAGUAUUUCUUCGGCCUGAGGUUUGAGGUGAAAGGACUGGAGAACUUUGAGGUGGAGGGCCCCGCCAUCAUCGUAUCCAACCACCAGAGCAUCCUCGACAUGAUGGGGCUGAUGGAGGUCCUGCCCGACGGCUGUGUCCAGGUGGGCAAGAAGGAGCUGAUGUACGCCGGCACGGUGGGGCUCAUCACCUACCUCGGGGGUGUCAUCUUCAUCAACAGGAAGAGCACCACCAGCGCCAAGAUGGUGAUGGCGGAGGUGGCCAAGACUAUGACGGCUGAGAACGUAAAGGUGUGGGUGUACCCGGAGGGCACGAGAAACUGCACGGGGGAUUUGCUGCCGUUCAAGAAAGGAGCAUUUCACCUCGCUGUCCAGGCACAGGUCCCGGUGAUCCCCGUGGUGUAUUCGUCCUUCACCACUUUCUACAACCCGAAGAAGAAUCUGUUUACAUCAGGCAAAAUCAAGGUGGAGGUUCUCCCUCCGAUAGAAACCAAAGGGCUGACAUCAGACGACGUCUCUGACCUCACUGACAGAUGCUACAACAUCAUGAGGGAGACUCUCUUCAGGCUGUCGGGCCGCCCAGGCGAGGGGAAGGACUCCUCCUAGGUGCUGCUCCAAUGCGUCACUGCGUGGUGGUGGCCGAAGGGACCCGUCUGUUGCCAAAUACCGAAGGAGCAUCUCUUCCUCUGUGGUGACUUGGAACUCUGGGGACACCGUGGACUGGCACACGAGGCGUGUCGAGCCAGCAGUGAGGCUCCCCGUUGAGUGGAUUUCUCUUAAGGGUUCAUUAUCUUGCAAUGAAACGUCUCCUUUUUCUGUAUUUCUCAGGCACCAAACCUAUGCUACCAAAGGGCUCAGUGACCAGAGAGGUGAGUUCCCCAGCUCAGGCAGCUGCUGUGGGGCAGUGAGGAGGGAGGACCUGGCAGGAUGCUGGGCUCUGCCCCAUGUGUGUGUCCCUGUGUUCCUGCUGGCUGUUAGGUGCUGCCCCAGAUGGAAAGCCACCAGGCAGCAGCGUGUCCCUGCACAACCCUGAUGCUGAAGAUCCAAACUCUGGCUGUCCAGCAGCACAGCCUUGUGCUCAGUGCCCUGCCAGCACUGUGCUUCUGCCAGCAUCUCCAGGCGGAGCUGAGCACUGAGGCUUUUUCCUGAGAGAUGCCCUUGGGUCUCAGCAGCAUCUUGUGCUGGGGCUCUGCAUUGCCCAGGCACUCUGGAGCCAAGCCUUCCCCUUUGAGGAAAGCUCCUAGGGCCGAUAACAGGGCUGAAAAGGGGAAUGCAUGGGGCUGGGCAGCCUUGAGCCUUUCCUAAGGCCCAGUUUUUCCUUGUCAAAACAAGUGCUCUUGGUCACUGAGGAGUGCAGCAGCACAGAGGGAAGCUGUCGUCUCACCGAGGCAGCGUGUGAAGCCUGGGUGGGUUUGGCUGUGCUGUUUGUUCGACCUCCUUGCAGUAAUCCUCCUGGUGCCUAGGGUACUUGGUGCAGAUGCAGAGGGCUCUGUCACGCUCGUCUUGUCAUGGUCAGCACUGGCCGAAAGAUGGUGCCUGUCCCAUGUCUUUGUGCUGAUCGCAGUGGAGCUGCUGCUCUGCAAGAGUUGCAAAACUCGUGGGGAGCCUACAGGGUGUGUGAGCUGCAUCUGUAACGGGCAGAGGAGCGUGGAAGGCUUCAGCUCUCCCCCUAGGGAGAACGGGCUCCGUCCCUGUUAGAGGAGUUUGGAUAAAGGGGUUUCCCAGCUCUGGGAUGGCAGAGGGGCCGUGCUCCUGGAUCCCUUGAUGCUGCUUUCUGCAAAGAGCAGGGCUGGCUCAGGUCUGUGGUUCCUGGGCUCAAGGAGGCUCGAGCACUCUUGCUAAUGCAGCAAGGAGCACCAUGAGAUGAGCCUGAGUACAGCACAGCCAGCGGCUGGAGCCUGCCUGUGGCUGUGUUGCUGUGUGUGGGGUCACAGGGCAUUCUGGGGGGUAAAUCCUCACCUGGGCAAGGUACAGCCAGCAGUUCCCAAGGCAGGGAGCCCUUGGGCUGAGUUGCUUUAGGGCUGGGGCUUUAUCCAAGGGGCCUUACGGUACAGUUUCAGGGGUCAGACCUGCCAUGGGAACGGGUCAGGGUGGGAGGAUGGAAACUGAACCAGCACUUUGUAAGAGCAGCAGAAAAAUGGUUGUUACGGAGGCGAAACCCAGGAAGAUCACAGGAGUGCUCCAUGGAGCAACUCUUGCAGCACCUGGGAGAAGGAAGCAGUGUCUCUGUGUGCAGUUGUCUACUGUUCAGUUUUAAUUGGGUUGAGAAUAAUGUAUUUUGCUUAAAAAGAAAAAAAAGUAUGCCUUUGAUUAUUUAAA